AAACGGCAGCUUCAAGCUUCGAGCCAUUGUGGUACGGAGUACAACAGUCACCACAGUGAAGCUAUCGUUGAAAUGCGGUGAUCUUGCCCUCCAGCUCGUCAUGUUCGACACAAUCUGCACUCUCCCUCUCCAAUCGGAUCUAUUUGCUCAAGUCAUUCACCCCUCCGAACCUCUAUUCGCAGUCGGCCUCUCUUCAGGACAUGUGCAAGCAUACAAGCUCCCCUCGGACGCCGAUGCAAUCGACAGUGCCUCUCAAGAUAGCUCUGAAUCUCCUACGAAGACGACGAACCUCAUCAAUGGCCAUGGUUCGGCUCCUUUGACGUCGUCCUUGCGCCGGUCUUCCUCAGCGAGUGUUUCAGAAAGUGGACUUGGUUCAAUAGACACAAUCUGGAGUACGAAGAGACAUAAAGGCUCAUGUCGAUGUCUCACAUUCAGUCACGAUGGGGACAUCUGCUACUCUGCAGGCACUGAUGGGUUGGUCAAAUCUUUCAUGACGGAGACCGGCAAAGUCGUGGGAAAGUUUGCAAUACCUGGGGUUCGAGAUACAGACGCACCAUCGGUGUUGCAUGCACUGUCGCCGCAGGCACUUCUGCUCGGCACAGACUCGGGGAUCUUAUAUCUGUUGGACACAAGACAAGGCGGGAAAGAGAUAGUGUCGAAGGCGAGUCAGACGUGGAACCCUCACGGUGAGGAACAUAUCAAUGCUCUGGUACCUCUGCCAGCAAGUGAAGCAAGCACGAGCGGGUUUCCCAAGCAAUGGGUCACCGUAGGGGGAUCAACGCUAGCAGUCACCGAUCUCCGCAAGGGCACAAUUGCCACAAGCGAAGACCAAGAGAUCGAACUGACCAGUGUUAGCCUCGUUCAAGGUCUGAAGAAGGGCGGCACAAGUGUUGGUGAGAAGGUAUUAGUAGGCCAGGGCGAUGGAGUGGUCAGUUUGUGGGAGAAAGGGGUCUGGGACGACCUCGAUGAGCGAAUGGUGGUCGACCGGAGUGGCCUCAGUAUCGAGAGCUUGGUCGAAGUACCCUUCGGCUUUGGAAGCGGCAAGCUAAAGAUGGAUGAGAGGCUUGUGGCUGCAGGCUUGGAGGAUGGGCGAGUCCGGUUUUUGCGAAUAGGUCGCAACGGCGUGCUGAAUGAUAUGGACGCUAAGCACGACGAGAUUGACGGCGUUGUUGGACUUGGCUUCGAUAUCGAAGGAAGAAUGAUUAGUGGAGGCGGCCAGACUGUCAAGGUAUGGACCGAAGCUAAAGGUCUUCCUGGUGGAGGUAGGAGCGCAGGUACCAAACACGAUCUGUCUUCUGAUGAGGAUGAGGAUGAGGACGACUCCGACAUGGAAGACAGUAGCGAUCAAGACGAGAAACCCAAGGCCAGACGGAAAAAGAGAAAGGGAAACAAGGGUAAGGACAAGCCUGGUGGAAAAGCUUUGGACUUCUCGUUUUGAUGUGGGCAAUGUAAAAGCAGUUGUAAUACCUACGUGAUACCCAGACUUAGUCAUGCAGAAAUAAAUCCGC